CAGCUGCCUUACACGACCAGUGGCAAUAUUCCCCAAACUUGUGGAAUACUCGUCAGAAAAAGAACCACUUUUGUCAUCCAAGAGAGAAUUACAGGAGGAAAAAUGAAAGUCAUCUUCCAGGCCUUCCUCUAUUGCUGCCUGGUGGCCACAGCGGCACAUUGUGUGGAACUUGAAGUGAAUCCCAAGUUAAAAAAGAGACUAAGCAUAUGGCUCGGGAGCAGACUCAGACGGGAUCUGAGCAGCGAGUCUGUGAAUGCUGAGCACUUUGUCAGGCAAGAUGACAGCAGGGAAAGCGUGCUGCCACAUUCCAGGUACGUACCUUUACUUGGACGCUUUUAUCAGAGAAAUAAGCAUCUCGACUCAUUCUUCUCCUCCUUCUCCUACAGCACUGAAACCAACGUGCGAACCAAAAGGUCAAAAAAUUCCACCAACCAGUCCAGAAGGCAGGGUUGUUCUCUGGGGACCUGCUCAGUGCACGACCUGGCACACCGCCUGCAACUCUACAACAAUAAACUCAACACCGCACCACCGGUCAAGAUAAGCCCUCAUGGAUACGGCCGCAGACGUCGCUCCGUACCAGACCGCGGAGUCACGCUGAGGUUGGAGCAUGGCACGCUCAGGCCCGUUUGGAGAUCCACAGACUCACAAGUUCACAAGCUGGAGGCCCUGCUGCGACAGACAUGAAGGGGACUUUUGCCAAAAAGACCAGCGAAAAGCCGAAUAAGUCUCAGAUUUGCCGAGUAUUGGAAGGAUCGAUUCGUCUGAGCGUGACUGGCUGCACUGAGUUUUCUUCAAGAGCUGGGCCUCGCCACUUGUUAAUGCAGAGCCAGAAAACGACUGAGAACAGACGACUGCAAACACUGGACAGAACGGUGCAGUGCAACCGUGGGCGCCGCUCUUCGGGAACCCAAAGAGCGUCGGUUGCUACCAAAGUGAAUGGACUCAUCCUCUGGUGUAAACUCUCUUAAGUGCUAUCCUGCGAGGAUAAAAAGCUGCAAGCACUUUUCCAUUGAACUCUGAUACCAAACUAGGAGAAAGACUCCUAAAUCGAGUUUUGGGCACUGUAGAAAGUAAAAGAAAUGCCUUGGUCCAUAAUGGAUUGAAAUAUACUUGAAUUGUUAUUUGUACAAAAACAUGUGCAAUCUAUGUUUUUUUUAUUGGAGAUACUGUACUUGUAUAUAGGAAUUCAUUUAUUUAAUAUGAUAUAGUUACAUCUAAAUACACAUAGAGCUAUUUUUGUACAGAAAGGAAUAUAUGGUAUAUGGGCAUUGUAUUUGUCAUUAUUCUGUGGUAGUGGGAUGAUUUGUUAUAUUAUCUAUUUGCAAAUGUUAUCUAUUUUAUUUGUGUUCAACAAUAAUAUUUUCAUGUAAUAAACAUUUUGCAAAGCAAACCUUGAC